AUGGAAGGAAGAUACAAUGAGGGAAUCACAUUUCUGGACAGGACUGAAGAACACUGGACUGUAAGUCUGAUUGUAAAAAUUGGGCUAGUGCAUGGACUUUUGCAUAACACCUUCGACCGGCAUGUAUCAUAUUAUAUUUUGAUUGUUUUGAAAAUCGAACUGUUCUCCAUGUCACCAGAUGCCUAUUCUUUAUAUAUAUUUGUGGAUUUAUACGAACGGCCUAUUCGACAUUGCUGCAAAAGUAGCAUGAUUCUGUGAUGCAUUUCAUUCCGUGAUGGCUAUGUCUAUAGUUAACAUCAUCCAUCUUUUCUCGCCGAGUAAAAUCGAACCUGAUCAAACAUCAGGCAGUAUUAUACCCUGGUGGUCAAAACCAACUGAUCAAAGGUAAUCAUUUAACGUAUAAAAGAGGAAAUCUGUAAUAAAACUUCACCAUUGUAACUUUGGAUUUCCAACUUAAACAUAUAGAGGACAACAUUAAUCAAGUGAUUGACUAAUGAGAAGUGUAUUUCUUCUUUAUACAGGAAAAAUUAAUUGUACUUCAUUGCUUGGAUACGACCCAAGCUUAGGAAGUUUCUUGUUUUAAAGAGCGAUAAAAACAAUUAUUAAGUACUAGUUAAAUUCGUUGAACAAUUAUACACCGUUUCAGACUUGUUUAUUUGGUUUUUCAAGCUUUGUAUUUGAUUAACAUUUAAAUUAAUUUUCUAUUUUACUUGUUCACCUGCGCAGUUAAUUCUGCAAAGAUUCAGAUGCGUAUAACAUUAACAAUAUCGUUUCUCCGAAAAUUAUAUUAAAGUUUAAUUUCAUUUGUGUUUUAAAAGUUUCGCCUUAAAUUUACUCGGCCCCACGCGAUUACAUACACUGAACGAUUCUUUCUGAUAGAGAGCGAUCAAAUAUAAUGUUCAAAUCGUCGUAUUUUAACAAUGUUAACUUUAUAAUUUACUGCUCAACCCAGACGAUUUAAUUCAGUCGUCGAAUGAAAAGUUCUUGGACGAAAAAUUAAGGUAGUCUGGAACUACUUCAUGUAUUUACCAUUGUCUUUCACGCAUAAAUGACGCGCAAACCUUGCAGACUUUCUGACUUAAAUUUCUUAUCGUGUUUGUCUCCAAACGAUUACAUUAAGAGUGGUGAGUAUGCAGGGGGUGGGUAUCACUCCCACCCUUGGACGCGUAUAAAGAAGUACCGAGGGGGGAAAAUAAGUUAUUAUAGAUAAGAUGAGAUAGUUUAUCAUGCAUUAUUGUGAAACUGUCAAGCAAAAUUUCUGAUUAUAAUGCCUUUCUGCCGUAGCUCCAUCUAGUAUCAUUUUAUUACAAUCUUCCGUUCGUUUAGAGAGGUGAAAUGUUGGCUUGUCAUAACUAUUGGCAUUGGGCACUCUACCAUAUAGAAAAGGUAUAAUUGUGGAUUGAAAAUAUACAGAAUGAAUAUUUUUACAGAAGGGAAAUAUAUUCUGCGCGCCAUCAAUUUUCUCUACGAAUGUGGACCGAUAAAAGAUACAGGAUUUUAGCACUAGAUUUGGGCGAUAGUUAAAGUAUGAUGUGGUGAUUAUCGUCUAUAAGCCUACUAGAAUUAUCACGGUAUUCGAUAAUAUUUUGAUGAGUUCAAUAAAAUACAAUGUCAUACGGCUUCAAAUUACGGUAAUUAAAAAUAUAUUUAGCAUAAAAAGCUACACUAAUAACGAUUUUAUGUACCUUGUUCUAUCAAAAUAAAUUAAAGUAAAUAUCAGACUCGAAAAAGAUAUUAUUAAUUAAAUAAACAAGUUAACUUGCUUCGUUUUACUAUUUUAUAAACCUUAAAAUCCGCAGUUGCAAAGCGGACGGCGUUCAGCGUCCUCUAUAUAUCAGUUCAAGAAAUUGAAACACUGCAUGACAUUGUUUUCGGCUUUUCUAAAAGCUAUGUAUACCCAUGCGAAGCAUUAUCACGAUAUGUUGUCACUAAAGAUUCUAUUUACGAUAUGACGAUCGGCCCUGAUCCGGAACAAAUAUAUUGCCCACUGCAAGUAGGAAUUGCGAUUGAAUUGUUAUGUUUGCUUUCCUGCUUCAUAAGUUUUUACAAGCUUUGGCACAACAUUAAGAUUACAUAACAAAAAAAUAAUAAUGAUAAAUUUAACAAAUACAAAAUAUUUUCCGUUUUGAUAUACACUUAUAUCAAGCCAGAAAUUGUGUAGAAGACGAGUUAUUUCGUCGAAUUUCCACGAGUGAUAUGAAAGUAAGGUCAUGUAUAUAUUUUGAAGGGGGAUCAUGGAGUUGCUGUUGACAUAUAUGACAAGCAGGUAGGCUACAGUGAACAUAUUAAUGUCAUCUGGUUAUAUUAAAUUAAAAAGGUUAUAUAGGCAAUGGUUUCAUUUUGAAAAAGUGUUGAAAGCUUCGCUGCUAAUUUUUUAUAUUAUAACCUAAGUAUCAAAAUUAUUUUUGAUUUUCUAAGUUAUUGAUGUUAAUAUUUUUGGCAAUAUUAACCUCAAUAACUAUAUUUGCUCUGUUAUACAUGCAGAUCUCUCAAAGAUGCAAAUCUGGAGCAAUGCUUGAUCUCGUGGACGGCUCAUCAUUACUGUAUCGGUUGCAAUUGGAAGGUAAUUCAGUUUUAAAAACAGCCCUUUAUAUCACUGUAAGUUAUUUCCAUCUUCAAAGAAGCCUCUCUCUUCUCAGAUAUCGACCAUGCCCUUUAAUUAAUUCUUAAUAUCGCACUUGUCGACCAUUCUGACUUUAUUCUCUGUUUUGCAGGCAUCAACGUAAAAGAUAAAUGGCGAGAAAUGCAACAACUCUGGGGUGAUGGGCACAGUGAUGAUCACAUAUUGGUGAGAAUUGACACUUGUAACAAUUGUGUGCAGUGCAAUAUAGAAUCACUCUUGUCGCGAUGUUAAUUAUAUAUAGUGAUUACAAAACAAUAGAAUGGGCAUUGCGUGAUAAAUUCGAACGAAAUGGGCAAAUAGAAACUGUAUCCUAAUGGGGAAAAAUUGCAGUCUGGGAUGUAUAGUACUUCAUAUAAAAACGUAUACCUAUUUAGGAAAUCAUAUUCUUAUCGUCAAAAACAGGAAAGAUCAGUCUAGAACAAAAGGCACAAAAAUAUAUAAAAUAAUGUAAACAUUGAUUUUGUCACUAAGUUUAAAUUAAAAAAAGUAACGUAGCAAUAGUUUCCACUAAAUUUAGGGAGACCGUAGGUUUUGUUCAUAUUGAAUUUGUUGUUGGCUUGUUGCUAGGGCACUCAUGAAUGUAUUGCUAUGAACAUUUUAAUAGGCUAUAACCAAUUGACGUGUGACAUUACAUCCGUGACUUACUAUCGGAGACCCUAUUAGGAAGCUUUAAUUUAUCAUUCGAUCCCCCUCCCCCGCCCCGCCCCCAAUGCCGACUCUGUUACCAUAUAUCUUUGUGGUUAACAUUUUUAAUUUUUGCAGGUGUUUAAUGAUUUGCAUCUACUUAUGUGUACAUUGGGAUCAAAGGAGAAUGAUGAAACAGCCACAAUUAUGCAAUCAAUGAAGGAUUUCAUUUGGUAUGUUUAAAGCUGCUAUAAUUAUAACUGGGUCUCUUUUAAAUCUUAGCGUCUUCAAAUUUCCAUCUCGCUACCCAUGGCGCUUUUAAAAAAUCCGCUCUGGUAUUGAUAUGUUCAUGCUCGAGUUUUUCAAAUAUAUAUUUAACUACUUGUAGUUGCCAUAGGGGUAACUUUCUUGCGUUUUAAAAACUAGUUAAAUACUUGGGAGACAUCUUUAUUUCCUUAUAGUAAAACAAUAUUAUAGAAAUGAAACGCAUGCGCCUAAUGUACUUCGUGUUAACAUUCGAAUGGUCCACCACUGGAUAUGCAUGGCGUCGCAAUUUUUUUAAUACUGUAAUUUUUUUAAAAAGCUGUAAUUUUUAAACAGGAUGGCGGAUUACAGUUUGAUUACAUGUACAAACAUCUCUAAUAUUUACAAAGCUACGAAGAAAUAUUAAAAUUUCUUUGUUGCUGACAAAUUACAUAUUUAUUUAUGUAACUUAUGUUUGCUGUAUAAAAAGUUUUUGCCAUGUGAAACAGGUUUUGGCUUUUUAACUUUUUAAAUGUAUUGCAAAAUUUUUGUUUCUUCCCCCGAAACUGUAUUCUCGCGGAUUAUUUUGCCUCACAUGCCUCGCAUACAUUUUUAGUGUUCUUCCUAUUCGAGUCCAGAUUUCCUCUUAUUUCUUAACGUCCUUAUUUUGACAACAAUUUUUGCAGGGAACGUCAAGGAACUAACAGCGAUGUAACGAAAGAGGUUGGCUUGAAAAUGUGUGAAGCUUUUGAAUAUUUUGAUAAGGUAGGUCGCGUCGACAGAACAUGCUAUUGGCAUUGACUUUCAUAAUCUGUGAUCAUGACCGUGUUUAGUAGAUAUAUAACACGACUUAGCCGUCUAUCUAAUAUAAAAAUGUGCUCGACUUCAUUUCACAGAGUAGUAGUUGUCGAAUCGAAAUAUUUUGUAUUUUGUUCUGGCUCUUACUUGGAAUCUUUUGAUAUUCCUGUAAUGUAGUUCUUGUUUUAACUUCAGGAAGAUUACGCAAAGUCUACUGAGUUGCUGGCUCCAUUAAAAUACAAGUUUGUAAAAGUUGGUGGAAGCAACGCUCAA